AUGAGCAAACGCAAGAGGGAGGAGGCAGAUGGACUCAUCGAUGAGGUGGACGAAGAGGACUUCAAGCUCACCGAGGCCGAAAUCGCAGAGCUGAUUGACACUGCCCCCGAGGUCGAGGCCUUGACGGCACAAGGUCUGCGCCGCCUGGUGCUGAACCUUGAGAAGCGCUACACCAGAAAUCAGGAGCUGCGAAUCAAGUACGCAGGCCAGCCUGACAAGUACGACCUCCCCAUCUCUUGCCCCACGCUCCACUUGGUGCUCAGACUCCUUGGCACAUACCGAACGUUCUUGGAGUCGGAGGUUGAUCUCGACGUAGCGAUCAAGGAGCUGCACGUGCUGGCCACCGCGCCCGGCCUCUACGGCGACUUCGUCAAGCUGAACGCAGCUUUCAGUGUUCUGACUUUCCUUUUGCAUGGUGUCAUGGUCAUCGCUGCAGUGAGCCUGCUGCAGCACGAAAACAACGACAUCAUGGUGGACACAAUCAACCUGCUCCACGAGCUCACGCAAUCCAACGAGGGCGCGGCCGACGAAGCCGAAGACGAAGAAAGCGAUGCGUACCUUCUUCACGAGGCCUUCAUCCAACAAGAAGGCGGACUGGACAUUCUGCUGAGCAAUCUGGACCGCCUGGACGAGAAGAUCGACGAGGAGAGGCAGGGCGUUUACAACAUGAUGGGCAUCCUGGAGAACGUAUCAGAGGUGAUGCCCGAGAUCGGCGUCAUGGCCAUGAAGAACGACGUGUGGCGAAAGUGGGUCCUGCGCAGAAUGAAGGAAGACGGGUUUGACGACAACAAGGCCUACGCCAGCGAGAUCGUCUCCAUUCUCCUCCAGAACUCGCCCGAGAGCCGUAAGCUCUUCACCGAGGCCAACGGCAUCGACACACUUCUCCUCUGCCUUGCGCCGUACAGAAAAACGGACCCGCCAACUGCGGACGAGGAGGAGUACGUCGAGAACCUCUUCAACUCGCUCUGCACGUGCCUCAUGUCCAACGAAAAUAAGCAAGUCUUCCGGAAGUCCCAGGGCCUCGAACUCAUGCUCAUCAUGAUCAAGUACUGCUACUCGCUGCCGCUGCAUCUACCCACCCGGCAGUUCCAUAACCGUUUGUCGAAGAAGUUCCCGAGGAAGUCGGCGCUCAAGGUGGUGGACUUUGCGCUGGCCGGCAACGAGGAAAAUUGCAAAUAUUUUGUGGACAUCCUGGGCCUCAAGACCCUCUUCGCCGCCUUCAUGAAGAAGGGCGCCAAGAAGGGCCGCUCCGGCUUCAACGAACUGGCCGACGACGAACACAUCGCGGCGGCGAUCGCUUCGCUGUUCAAGAGCCUGGCGGCUGCUGGGGGUGAGCCCUACACGCGGCUGCUGGGCAAGUUCCAGGAGAGCAACUACCAGAAGAUCGAGAGGCUGCUGGAGCUGCACGCCAAGUAUGCCAAGAAGUCGGCCGCGUUCGACGCGCAGGUCGAGGCCGAGAUGGAGGCCCGGCGGGCCAGAGGCGAGGAGCUCACCGAACUCGACGAGGAGUACUACCUCUCGCUCAGGCUGGACGAAGGUCAUCUGUUCACGCUUCAGUUGAUCGACUACAUCAUUGCUGCCGUCGCCACCUCGCCUCUUGAAGGGGCCAAUGCGUACAUCAAGCAGCUGUUGAAGCAGCAGGGAGGUUCGCUGGAAAAGGUGAAGGAGGUGCUGGCCACCUACGCGAAGUCCAUCGGCUCGUCGGGCACCGACACCAGCAGCGGCGCGGCCGACGACGGCGACGCCACCACGGACAGGGAGCGGGCCAACAUCCGCCAACUCAUCGAGCGGCUCGAGUAG